UGUUCUAUAGUUGACAGACGUCAACUGUCUCACGUCGUGACGGCGGUUUUUCUUGUUGUUAUCGCGCGUGGAUCGUGUUCUUUGACUUGGAAGGCGCCAUGGCCGCCGAACAAGAGCAGUUUUUUCAAAUCUUAACAACCCUUUUGUCGACCGAUAACAAUGUGAGAACGCAGGCCGAGGAAGCCUACUCCAAUCUCCCAGUGGAGACAAAGGUAACCCACCUCCUGAAUGCCAUCCACAAUGCCCAGCUGGGUGACGAGGCCCGUCAGAUGUCAGCAGUGUUGCUGCGCCGGGUGUUCGCAAAUGACUUCAUGGACUUCUAUCCGAAGCUGCCGCCUGAGGCGCAGGUGCAGCUCAAAGAACGGGUUUUGCUAGCUGUACAACAGUUGCAGACCACCGAACAACUGAGACAUAAGGUUUGCGAGGUAGCUGCUGAGGUCGCCAGGAACCUCAUUGAUGACGAUGGGAAUAAUCAGUGGCCGGAGUUUUUGCAGUUCCUAUUCCACUGUGCCAAUGCCCCCAACUCGGCAUUGAAAGAAACGGCCUUGCAAAUGUUCGCCAGCGUCCCUGGAGUGUUUGGCAACCAACAAGCCAAUUACCUGGACCUCAUUAGGCAGAUGUUGGCUCAAAGUUUGAGACCAGAAGAGGCGUAUGAGGUCCGAUUCCAAGCCGUUAGAGCAGUGGGUGCUUUUGUUUUGGUCAACGACAAGGAGCCUCAGGUGUUGAGACACUACGCGGAAUUAUUAGCACCAAUGUUGCAUGUAAUAGCUGAGAGUUUUCAACAACAGAAUGACGACACCCUACUGAAAGUGCUGAUAGACCUAGCUGAAAAUGCUCCGAAAUUCUUGAGGCCUCAACUGGUGCCCAUUUAUGACAUGUGCAUGAAGAUAUUCAGUGAUGCAAGUGCACUUGAUAGCUGGAGACAGUUGGCAUUGGAGGUGAUGGUAACCCUGGCUGAGAUGGCGCCAGCAAUGGUGCGCAAAAACGCCGCUAGGUACAUGGAACAACUGGUACCUUUGAUACUCCAGUUUAUGACCGACUUAGAAGAAGAGGAUGGUUGGGCUGAAUCCGACGAGCUAUUAGACGAAGAUAACGAUUGUAACAACGUGGUUGCCGAGGCAGCAUUGGACAGACUUGCUUGCGGUUUAGGUGGUAAAGUGAUUUUACCGUUGGUGACUCAAAGCAUACCAGCUAUGCUAACGAAUCCCGAUUGGAAACAGCGACAUGCAGCUUUGAUGGCACUCAGUGCCAUAGGCGAGGGCUGUCACAAGCAGAUGGAGAGUAUGCUGCCACAGAUCAUGGAGGGCGUACCUGGCGUUAUGGACGGUGUACUUAGGUACACACAAGACCCGCACCCUCGUGUAAGGUACGCCGCCUGUAACGCGGUAGGUCAAAUGUCAACCGACUUUGCGCCUUCCUUUGAGAAGAAAUUCCAUGCAAUUGUAGUUCCGGCUCUUCUAGCUCUACUGGAUGACGAUGCACACCCAAGAGUCCAAGCGCAUGCCGGGGCUGCACUGGUCAACUUCGCAGAGGACUGCCCCAAGCACGUGCUCAGCGGCUAUUUGGACCCUAUGAUGGCGAAACUCGAAGGCAUAUUGACAGCUAAGUUCAAGGAAUUGGUCGAGAAGGGUACGAAGCUGGUUCUAGAACAAGUAGUAACAACAAUAGCCAGCGUCGCUGAUACGGCCGAAAACGAGUUUAUUGCUUAUUAUGACAGGUUAAUGCCUUGCUUAAAAUACAUCAUACAAAAUGCUAAUAAAGAAGAAUUAAAAUUGCUAAGAGGCAAAGCGAUAGAAUGUGUGACACUGAUAGGAGUAGCGGUAGGUCCGGAGAAGUUUAGCGCCGAUGCAACUGAAGUAAUGGACAUGCUUUUGAAAACGCACGGCGAUGGCGCUGAUCUGCCCGAUGACGAUCCACAGACGAGCUAUCUCAUUUCGGCCUGGUCUAGGAUAUGCAAGGUUCUUGGUAAGAGCUUUGAGCAAUAUCUGCCUUUAGUAAUGGGACCGGUGAUGAGAACGGCCGCGAUGAAACCUGACGUGGCUUUACUAGACAACGAUGAUAUGCAAAGUAUUGAGGGAGAUGAAGACUGGCAGUUCGUAUCACUUGGCGAGCAGAAAAACUUUGGCAUUCGUACUGCAGGCUUGGAAGAUAAGGCAGCAGCUUGUAGUAUGUUGGUGUGCUAUGCUAAGGAAUUGAAAGAAGGAUUCGCAAACUAUGCUGAAGAAACGGUUAAAUUAAUGGUGCCGAUGUUAAAAUUUUAUUUUCAUGAUGGUGUAAGGAAUGCAGCUUCUGAAUCACUACCCUGGCUGUUGGAAUGUGCUACAUGCAAAGGCCCUGCUUUCGUUGGCGACAUGUGGCGUUUCAUAUGCCCAGAACUCCUAAAAGCAAUCGAUACCGAGCCGGAAAGUGAAGUACUGAUGGUGAUGUUAGAUUCGCUAGCUAGAUGCCUGCAAAAACUUGGCGCGCAAUACGUCGAUGAAGCCACAGUGCAGGAGAUACUCCGCAUUGUUGACAAGCUCAUGCAAGAACAUUUCGAACGAGCUACUGACAGGCAUAAGAAACAUCUGGAUGAGGACUAUGAUGAGGAGGUCCAAGAACAGUUAGAAGACGAAGAAUCAGACGACAUCUAUGUGCUAUGCAAGAUAACGGACGUGAUCCACUCGAUGUUUGUGAUAUUUGGAGAGAGAUUUUUGCCUGCCUUCGACACCGUGUGCAAUCAUUUCGUCCAACUGUUGGCGCCUAACAGAGGAUGGGCAGACAGGCAAUGGGGAGUUUGCGUUUUUGAUGACGUUAUAGAGUUCGCCGGACCCGCUUGUGCCAAAUACCAAGGGUACUUCCUACAACCUUUGGCGGUGUAUGUGAAAGACAAAAGCAGCGAAGUACGACAAGCUGCGGCGUACGGUUGGGGCGUGCUAGCUCAACAUGGCGGUGAUCAGUUUGCUGCCGAAGUGGCCAAAGCGGUGCCUGCUUUAGUAGAAGUAAUCAAUGACCCGGAAGCUAGGGAUGCGAGGAACGUCAACGCUACCGAAAACGCAAUUGCUGCUGUCACUAAAAUUAUGAAAUAUAAUAGCUCACAGAUAAAUGUUGAUGAACUUUUACCACUGUGGUUCUCAUGGCUACCAGUUGUCGAAGAUGCAGAUGAAGCGCCACAUGUAUAUGGAUAUUUAUGUGACCUUAUUGAACAGAAUAACCUACAUAUUUUAGGCCCAAAUAACGCAAACAUCCCUCGUAUAAUCACAAUAAUUGCCGAAGCCUUCUUCCGAGAAGUAGUAGAAGCCAGCAAACCAGAAGGAUUCCGAAUGCUGAACAUCGUGCGGCAGGUGCAGUCUAACGAGUCUUUCUUCCAAACCGUAGUGCAACAGCUCACCCCUGAGCUGCAGCAGGGACUCCACAUGGCGCUGCACGCUCCACAACCCGCACAAACCACAGCAACAUAGUCAACGACGCAGCCCUAACAAACAUUCAUAGCAAACUCAGACACACUUGACUAGGGCUGGGUGGGGCGCGCUCAGGGAAACAUGUUAAAGUAUAUGUCGUCGGGGUCAUGCCAGCUUUGUUGAAAGAGUUGAGGUAAAUUCUUGAGUAACUACAGAAAAUACCAAUAUUUAGAUUUCGAGUACUACUUCAAUCGUGUGUACUCAAAAGUUGUGGAAAUGACGUUUUCUAUAACUGAUCAUAAUGACACAUAAUAGACUGUAAAACGUCAAUUUGGUUACCACUUACCAAGUGAUUUUUAAAAACUACACAGAUUACAGGUCAAAACUCAUUAGAGAAUUGUUACUACAGUCAAGUACUAAAAUCGAAGAGAGUAUCAUAACACUUCGUACGCCACUCUUCACGUAUUUAGCCGUUUUCCUUUUGCAUGCUUUUCUAGAUAAUCUCACAUCCCUUCAAGUUACUUCUUAUGUUGAUGCGUUCUAUUUGUCAUAUUGAGACGAAAUUUGUUACUUCCCUUCUCCGCCUAUUGAGGACGAACGUGUCGGUACAGCGAUUUUGAAAUCAUUCGUUUGGAUGUUUGAAAUAUUUUGAUUAAAUGUGUUUACAAAAUGUUGGUUGGAGAAUGUUCGAUUCGUACCGAUAAUGUCGCAGAACACUAAAAUCUGACGUUCUGAAGACUAUACUUAUAAGAAAUACUAAACUUAUCAAUAAACGUCACUUAAGCGUUCCUUUUGACACUCGAAUCAUAUGGGUGUCUCCUCACUUCAGUGGUGAAUCGCUCAGUUGUAAAAAAGAUAGCUGCUUCAGCGUACAUCUGCUCACCAUACUCAAAGACACACCACGUUAACAGUAGUGUACGAAGUUUUACAUUAUUCUCUUCUAUUUUUGGAGCUUUUUGUCAAAUCAAGCGACUCUUAUCUUUCCACGCUGAGACGAUUUAUAACAUGCUAUCAUAGCUAAUUGAGACAUUGGUGUGAUUAAAACUAAAGUGUUUUGUAAAUUUUUACAUUUUUAAUAUUUUUUACCUAUACUUUUGUUUUUAUAGCUAAAACAACUGAUAUCGUAACAUGGCUAUGAUAGCAAACGCGACGAAAAUACAUGCAGUUAAAGGUUUAAUUAUACUAUAAAGAAAACGUUUAUAGGGGAUACCAAUAUUGCAAAUGAUUUUUUCCAAAAGGAACAUCUAAUUUUGUGUAUACUAGGACUUCAGAAUUGUUUUUCAAGAUAAUAUAAUGGUUAACUGCUGAAGAAUGUGUUUCUUUGUUACCUAAAACAAAGCUUGAGUGGAUUCUAUCAGUGCAUAUUUAUAAUGAGAAUACAUGUUCUAAUGCGAAUAAAAUUUGGUUUACUGAUUCGCACAUUAUUUUGCUGAACAAAUCUGAAUUUCUAUGUAAAUGGCUGAAAAUUCAUUGUAAUAACUAUCAAAGAUAAGAAAUUCCUAGGUGUUACAUUUAGGAAUACUUUUCCCUCAUUUUUACAGUGUUUGCUACAAGUUCUCAAUAUCCAUUUUGUACAUCCUUACGAAUUUAAAUAUAGAUUUAUAGAUCUAUCAUGUCCAAAACAAUCCAAGUGAUCUCAAAACGGGUAGAAAUCUUGACGGUUUUGUAAUCUCUUUUAAUUAAAUUUUAUUUCAAAUAGUAUGUUCUAUUCAUUGCAGUUGUAUAUUCUGAAAUACUUGAAUUGUUUUGGAGUUGGAGAUUAUGUGAAAUGAAAUGUUGCCAAGGUCUCUAUACUUUCGGUCUUUAAAUAAAAGGCUUGGUGUAAUUUCAGCUAAAAUUUGUUUCUAACUUUUGCUGUUUUUAUAGCAUACAAGCUGUGGUUAACCUGACUGUUGAUAGUUAAAUUAUCGUUUUAAUGUUGAUUUUCGGUUUUAGCAUUGAUCGUUUUAUACAUCUCCAACAGCAGUGUUUUUGUAAAAGUGGAUGAUUUGUUAUGUUUGUCAAAAGUUAAAGUUUCGAAAGCUUCGAUACUCAUUUUCUCGGCUAGGUAUUUAUUUUUAAUUGUAUCUCUUUCUUUCUGAGGAAUAUUUAAGGAAUUACUGUAAAUAGGACGUUUCCGAUAUAGAAUGUAUGUGAUACUUUUUUCAUUAAAUUUACUAUGAAAAUAUUUUUGUGUACGAGAGUUAUUAUAUAUCAAAAUAGUGCUCUUAAGGUUUAUUAAUCACUGACCUGUUAUAGUAAACAUUGAAAUACAGACGGUUUUUUAAAGA